AUGUCUCAAGCUGUGCAGACCAAUGGGACACAACCUUUAAGCAAAACAUGGGAGCUGAGUUUGUAUGAACUGCAAAGGACACCUCAGGAAGCAAUCACUGAUGGCUUGGAAAUUGUGGUAUCACCCCGAAGCCUCCACAGUGAGCUGAUGUGUCCCAUCUGCUUGGAUAUGUUAAAAAAUACCAUGACAACAAAAGAAUGUUUGCAUCGCUUCUGCGCCGACUGCAUCAUCACAGCCCUCAGGAGUGGCAACAAAGAAUGUCCCACGUGUCGUAAAAAGCUCGUUUCAAAAAGAUCACUGAGGCCAGAUCCCAACUUUGAUGCUCUCAUCAGUAAAAUUUAUCCGAGCCGGGAUGAGUAUGAAGCCCAUCAGGAGAGAGUGCUGGCAAGAAUCAGCAAGCACAACAACCAGCAAGCUUUAAGCCACAGCAUUGAGGAAGGAUUAAAGAUCCAGGCCAUGAACAGGCUACAGAGGGGCAAGAAACAGCAGAUUGAGAAUGGCAGUGGAGCAGAGGACAAUGGUGACAGCUCCCACUGCAGCAACGCCUCAACACACAGCAACCAGGAAGCAGGGCCUAGUAACAAGAGGACCAAAACGUCAGAUGAUUCUGGGCUGGAACUGGACAAUAACAACACAGCUGUGGCAAUAGACCCUGUCAUGGAUGGUGCUAGUGAAAUAGAACUGGUCUUCAGGCCUCACCCGACUCUCAUGGAGAAUGACGACAGUGCACAGACGAGAUACAUCAAAACCUCGGGCAAUGCCACUGUUGAUCACCUGUCCAAGUACCUAGCUGUGAGAUUGGCUUUGGAGGAGCUUCGUAACAAAGGAGAAUCAAACCAGAUGAACCUUGACACAGCCAGUGAGAAGCAGUACACCAUCUACAUCGCUACUGCCAACGGGCAGUUCACUGUACUAAAUGGGUCCUUUUCCUUGGAACUGGUCAGUGAAAAGUACUGGAAAGUCAACAAACCCAUGGAACUGUACUAUGCACCCACAAAGGAACAUAAAUAA